AUGGCUGCCGCCUUGGGGUUAUUCUCCAAAUUCUAUCUACAUCGUUUCAAUCUCAAGUGUCCACAACAGGCGGACGGCAGGUUGAGCGUUGCGAAUUCAUCUGACGGCGACGUCAACUUUAGAUACAUGGGCAUUGAGGCCGCUGAAGGGAACGAGAUCCGCGUAUUCAAGGUAUACGAGGCGCCGGUUCAUACUGGCGAGAAACCUUCAAGUGUGGGAUGGAUCAAGGUCAAGAAAGCGAAGGGUAUGGUGAAGCUUUCGUCAUUUUCGAAGAACAAGAUCAAACCUGGCAAGAAAUAUACCGCAGUUGUGCUGCGGCGCCCCGACUACGACUGGCUCGCUCCGCCUGUCAACUUCACUAUGCCAUGGGAUGGGCUGCUGGCCGGCAAACCUAGCAGUAAAAAUAUGCCCGGUGAGGACGUUGUGUCCAAUGAAACCUACGGGCAUUGA